GGUUCCACUGAUUCGAAAUGUGAUCUGCGAACGAAUCUGAAACAUAACCUAUAAUAUAUUUGUUUUUGUUUGGGUUUGGCCUGAUAUAUCAUAAUUUUUCGAAAAAUUGUAUUUAUUUUUAUCUUUCUAAUUAUAAUCGGUUAAAUGAAGUCCGUAAUGCGAACAAUCCGUACAGCUCUGAUCCAGUCUCGUGUUGGGACAAACCGCACUGAAAAUCUGGAAAAUGCCUCGAAACUUAUCAGCCAAGCGAAAAAUUCUGGGGCAAAGUUGAUUUCCUUGCCUGAGUGCUUCAAUUCACCCUACGGAACCAAGUUUUUUAAUGAGUAUGCCGAAUCCAUACCGAAUGGACCGACUUCAGAAAUGUUAUCGAAAGCAGCCCGAGAAAAUCAAGUCUAUUUGGUAGGAGGUACGUUUCCCGAAAUAGAAAAUGAAAAGUUUUAUAAUACUUGUACUGUCUGGAAUCCAGAAGGAAAACUUGUAGCGAAAUAUCGUAAAAUGCAUUUGUUUGACAUCGAUAUACCAGGUGGAAUAACAUUUAAAGAAUCUGAUGUAUUAUUUGCUGGAAAUGAAUUAGCUAUAUUUGACGUUGAAGGCGUUAAAGUUGGACUGGGAAUAUGCUAUGAUUUGAGAUUCGAAGAACUAGCAAAACUGUACAGAUUGAAAGGUGUAGAAAUUCUGAUUUACCCUGCUGCAUUUAAUACAACAACAGGCCCAAUGCAUUUUGAACUCCUGCAGAGGUCCAGAGCAGUCGAUAAUCAAGUAUUUGUUUUUGCAAUCAGUCCAGCAAGAGGCGAUCAAGGUUAUAUUGCCUGGGGUCAUUCACAAAUCACAAGUCCUUGGGCCAAGGUAAUUGCACAAGCCAAAGAAGGGGAAGAGAUAAUUUAUGGAGAUAUUGAUUUGAGUGAAUGUGAUAAAGUCAGGCAGCAGAUACCCAUAUUUCAUCAAAGGAGGAAUGAUAUUUAUAAUACUGUUGAGAUUGGGGCCUUUAGUUCAAAGUAAUAGCAAUAAAUAAUAAAUAUAUUGAUUUAACUGUUAUGUAUUUUCUAAGAAUAAAUUAAAAUGAUUUGUUAUUUUGGAUUCAGAA